UGCCUAUUUCGAUGAAACACAUCCCGAAGAUUAUCGUUUUCUGGACUUUUACGAGUAUCGAUCACAACAGUCAGACUUCACCUUUUCGUUUCAGAAAGAAUCUGACAAACUGAAAAAGGAUCUCGGUAGUCUAAUAACAAAUGGCUCGGACGAAAUGAAGGAGGGUGCUAAUCUACUAAACAAAAGUUUUAAGAGGGAGGCUUCACAGCUACGGUGGACAACUGCUUGCUGUCCGCCUUACGGUCUGAUUGUCCGCUGUGGAAAAAGGAAACCCUCACAACUACGGUGGACAACUGCUUGCUGUCUACCUUAUGGUCUGCUUGGACAUCGGGAAUACUUUAGUGACGUUGACGCGUUUUGGAGGAAAAUUGAACUACAUGAGGAGUUGCAUGACAUUGAGGAAGAAGCUUCUAGAUCAAUUAUGCAUGAUACUGUAAAAGUUGUCGAUACUGCCAUCGGAAAUGCUCGUUCCACUAUUGAGAACGUCAAUACUAGACUGACGAACCCAAGAAAACGUGUAAAUAACGUCACAGUCCCCGAAGGCAUCAAAAAAAUUAAAGGUUCCUCCAUAUCUGACACAUCAUUGUCUAUCGAUGAAGAGAGUGAAGCUUACAUGAAACAAAAUGAAAAUAUGAAUGAGAAAGAUCGAGAAGAUGGACACCAACCUCAAAAUGGAAGAGACUCGGAGAAUGGUUUGAGGGAAGCAUCGGAAUCAAUGGUUGGGAGAAUAGAAAGGACCCCAUUGAUAGUGGAUGACAUUGAUCUGGAGGAAAUUUUUAAAGAUUACUGUGAUGAAUGCGGAAACAACUUUGACGACAUCAUGGAUAUGAGACCAACUUCAAGCUUCACGGAUGGAAUUACGGAAGAAUAUUGGGAUAAAUUC